UGUUCCGGUAAGGAUACAACACGCCCCUCUCCGCCCCUGCCGCGAGACAGGUGGUUGGACUGUAAAUGCCUCCAUCCGCGAGCGCUCCCUCUUAGAAUAAGAUUAGAAUUUAAAAAAAAAAAAAAAAAAAUACCCCGAGAGAGCGCGUCCCCGAUGGACUCCCAGCGUGUGACCUCCCCGAUCACCGGGCGGAUAGCGGGAGAGGGGGGCAACAACAACCGGAACGCACGAGGAGAGCCCCACCGAUUCGACUACCUAAUGUUUUCCGGCGAGUCGCUCCAGCUGCUGUUCACGGGAGGGGGUCUACCGAGGGACGAAUGAGAUGCGCGAGUGAAAAGUUGACACGAUUUUUGGUGGGAAUUUGCAUCCGAGAGGCGGCGGCGGCGUGCGGCGGGAUCAUUUUCUUGACUAUCCUCCGGGUUUUGGAAGUCCCCCCCCCCCCCCCCUUGUGUGUGUUGGAGGUUCAUUAUGGCUUCAGGCGCCGGUAAGGCUGCACAGCCUCCCCCCGGGCCGGGCUCCGCCGUUAACGGGACUGCGGCAGACUUCCAGAACAUCGAGCAGGAGCUGUACGACUACCAGAUGCACAGCAAGAUGUGCAAGAAGAUCGCUCAGCUCACCAAGGUGAUUUAUUCUCUGAACAUGAAGAAUGAGGAGCAGGAGGCGGCCCUGCAGGCCUUGAGCCACGCCCACCACGAGGAGCUGCACCGCAUCCUGGUGGAGACUUGCCACGAGGGGGAGGGGUCAGCGCUGAGGACACGCCUCCUGGAGCUGCAGGAGUCUCUUGAUGAGCAGCAGAGAGUCGGAGCCCAGGUGCAGGCGGACUUCGAGUGCUUCCGUAUACACAUGGGGGAGAGGGAACGUGAAACCGAGGCGGAGCUGAGGAAGGAGUUCGAGGAGAGGCUCCAGUUUGCGGAGGAGGAGCUGCAGGAGGUCAAGGCCCAGAUGAGCGACGCCCAAGAGGAGAGCGACCGUCUGAGCAAGGAGCUGGAGAAGGCCGAGGAGCAGAUCCAGGAGCUGGAGGCCAAGUGUGAGGAGCUGCAGGAAACAGCCGACGUGGGGAGACGGAGCGAAGGCGAGGAGACACAGAAAGAGGAGAAGGAGGCGGACUUGAAAAGAGUGAAGGCCCUCUUGGAGGAGGUGAGGGAGCUGAAGGAGGAGAGGGACCGAGCCGAGGCGGAGAGGUGGCGAGCGCAGAAGGAGGAGCGGGAGCAGUGGGAGCGGAGGAUGAGCGACCUGACCGAGGAGAGCGAGGAGACGAGGAGGAGGAUGGAGGCGGAGUGGAGGGAGGAGCGGCGGAGGUGGGAGGAGAGGGAGGAGGAGGAGAAGAAGGGGAUGCACAGCGCUCUGAGGGAGAGGGUGAAGAGGGCAGAGGCCGAGGCCGAGAGUCACCUGGAGAGGUUGGCAGAGAGCAAGAGGAACGCGGUCAAACUGCAGGAGCGGAUACAGGACCUGGAGGAGGAGCUGGAGCUGGACCGGAGGCGUGUCUCCGAGGCAGAGGGCGUGGCCAAGCGGGCGGAGGAGGAGCUCGGGGUGGCUAAGGAGAGGCUGCUGCUGCAGGAGGACGAGCUGCAGAGCAGAGCAGAGGAGCUGCAGAACCGCGGCGGCUGCGAGGUGUGCGUGUGUGCUGAGGUGGACGAGCUGAGGAGCCAGGUGAGCCGGCUGCAGAGCAAGAACAGAGAGCUGGAGCUGCAGAGCAGCGGCAGGAACAGUGACCACGCCCGGCAGAUACGCCAGCAUGCCGAGGCUCUGUCCAGUUUGCGCUCCGAGAUGGUGAGAGCUCAGACAGAGGAGCUGCGUCGUAUCCAAAAGCAUGCAGACGAUGAGAGGGACAAGCUGCAGAAGGAUAUAGAAGAGGAGAGAGAAACCCUGCAGAAGGAGAGAGAGCAAGAAAAGGACGAGUUUGACAGAGUGCAGAGGGAGAGAGAGGGGGAGAAGGAGGCGCUGCACGGAGGUGGAGGAAUGAGAGAGCGUCUGAGGAGGGAAAAGGAGGAGGAGGUGGACCGGCUGCGGAAGGAGCUGGAGGUGGAGAGGGUCCGCGGCCGCUCGCAGUUGGACAAGAGCAUUGAACAGGUGGAGCAGGAGAGGGCCAACGUGCAGCAGAAGCUGGAGGAGGAGAAGAAAAGGUUGGUGGAGAAGGCCGAGGAGGACAGGAAACGGCUGAAGGAGCAAGUGCGGAAGGCGAUAGAGGAGGUGAUGAGGAGGCAUGCGGCUGAACUUCAAAACGUCCAGGAAGCUCUGAGCUCAGAGAAGAAGACCAACCAAGAGGUGUGUGCACAUUUGGAGGUGGAAAGAAGAAGCACUGAGGAGCUCCGCAGUUUGCUGGAGAAGGAAAGAGAGGAGCUGAGGACAAAACUGAGGGACGCUAAUAACGAGAUCUGCAGGCUGGAGUCAGUCAUCCGAAAACAAGACAAGAAAGAGAAGGUGGCCCCCGGCGCACCCUCGUGUGGGCCGCAGUGCUCCCGCCAGGAGGAGGAGCUCCACCAGACCCGGACUCGGCUGGCUCGCUUACAGGAGGAAGCGGACAAGCAGCGGGAGAGGCAGCAGCGGGACGUCGCGUCCCUGAGAGCCGACAAACACCGUCUGGAGGAGAAGGUCCUGGAGCAGAGCCGACUGAACGCCGAGAGGAGUCUUCUGGAGCAGGGUCAGCGGCACACCGAGGACCGGAUCAGGUAGCAGAAUACACACCGAGCUGCCAGAACUGC